AUGAACAAGAUUGAAGCGAUUAUCAGGCCAGAAAAAUUGAACGACGUUAAGGACGCGCUGGCUGACGCGGGAGUGCUGGGCAUUAACGUGGCCCACGUAACCGGUCGAGGGGCACAGAAGGGCAUAGAAGUUGGUGGGCCACGGGGAGUCGCCGGCAGCUAUGUAGUAGAUAUGCUUCCCAAGGUCAAACUGGAAACCGUGGUAAAGGAAGAAGACACGCAAAUGGCGAUCGAUAUCAUCAUCGAGAAAUCGCGCACCGGCAACAUUGGGGAUGGGAAGAUAUUUAUUUCUCCCGUUGCCAACGCUAUCCGCAUACGGACCAGCGAAGAAGGGGAAAUCGCCCUUUAG